UCCGCAGCGAUAUAUAAAUAGCAGCACUAGGGUUACCCGCUUCGCCUUCUGCACACAGCCGCCGCCGCCGCCGCCGCCGCCGCCGCUCUACCGCAGGUAAGGAAGGAGCAGCGGCGAUGUCGCACCGCAAGUUUGAGCACCCGAGGCACGGUUCCCUCGGCUUCCUCCCCAGGAAGCGCUGCUCGCGUCACCGUGGAAAGGUGAAGUCCUUCCCCAAGGAUGACCAACAGAAGCCGUGCCACCUCACUGCCUUCCUGGGCUACAAGGCUGGAAUGACCCACAUUGUUCGUGAGGUCGAGAAGCCUGGAUCCAAGCUCCACAAGAAGGAAACCUGUGAGGCUGUUACCAUCAUUGAGACCCCUCCUCUUGUCAUUGUUGGUCUUGUGGCAUAUGUGAAGACCCCUCGUGGCCUUCGCACUCUCAACUCUGUCUGGGCUCAGCACCUUAGCGAAGAUGUGAGGAGAAGGUUCUACAAGAACUGGUGCAAGAGCAAGAAGAAGGCCUUCACAAAGUACGCCCUCAAGUAUGACAGUGAUGCAGGCAAGAAGGAAAUCCAGUUGCAGCUUGAGAAAAUGAAGAAGUAUGCUACUAUUGUCCGUGUUAUUGCCCAUACUCAGAUUAGGAAGAUGAAGGGCUUGAAGCAAAAGAAGGCUCACCUCAUGGAGAUCCAGGUUAAUGGUGGCACCAUUGCAGACAAGGUUGACUAUGGCUACAAGUUCUUUGAGAAGGAAGUCCCAGUUGAAGCUGUCUUCCAAAAAGACGAGAUGAUUGACAUCAUUGGUGUCACCAAGGGUAAGGGGUAUGAAGGUGUUGUCACUCGCUGGGGUGUCACCCGCCUUCCCCGCAAGACCCACAGGGGUCUCCGAAAGGUUGCCUGUAUCGGUGCCUGGCAUCCUGCUAGGGUGUCUUACACUGUUGCCCGUGCUGGUCAGAAUGGUUACCACCACCGCACAGAGAUGAACAAGAAGGUCUAUAAGAUCGGCAAGUCUGGACAGGAGUCUCACGAGGCCUGCACUGAGUUUGACAGGACUGAGAAGGACAUCACCCCCAUGGGUGGGUUCCCUCACUACGGUGUGGUGAAGGGUGACUACCUCAUGAUCAAGGGCUGCUGCGUGGGCCCCAAGAAGAGGGUGGUGACCCUCCGCCAGUCCCUGUUGAAGCAGACCUCGCGGUUGGCCCUUGAGGAUAUCAAGCUCAAGUUCAUCGACACCUCAUCCAAGUUCGGACAUGGCCGCUUCCAGACAACCGAAGAGAAGCAGAGGUUCUACGGCAAGCUCAAGGCUUAGGCUGCGACAGAUCUUAUCCCAUAGUGUUACCAGCCUUUUUUUCUUCUUCUUCCAACCUUUGUGGCAGAUUGAUUGGGUACCGGUUUAUGCAUUGCAAUUGCAACUCUGAGCUGCUGCUGCGAAUAUUUGAACUGACGUGUUUUAUGCAUUUUGAACUUGUGGCAUGCCUUCAAAUUUGAAA